CUUAUCGUAAUUUUGCCGUAAAACAACGUUAGCUGUCGCAAUCUUCGGUCCAGAAACAGAGGUCACAACACAGGCUCAGCAUGGGAGGUGACCACGGCCACAGCAAGAUGUCUCUGCCUGACUGGCGGCAGUGGAAGACAGAGGGAACACCACUGGAGUUCACACAGCAGAGGCUGGCAGCCAGAGGCCUCAAGGAUCCGUGGGCACGUAACGAGGCUUGGAGAUACGCAGGCGGCUUCGCUCGUGCUGUGACUCUCUCUGAAGUGCUGCUGAAGGGAUUCAAGUGGGGCUUUGCUGCCUUCACUGUUGCUCUGGCUGUAGAGUACGCCCUAUUCCCACCGAAGAAGGGCGGCCACCAUUAAUACUCAUCAUUUUCCCUCAAACACAGACCAUAAUGGAAUCUAAUAAUAUUAUGUAUUUUCUGUUUAAUAAAUGUUUUUCUGAUCACUC